AUGGGGUUCGUUGGGUCAGUCAGUGUCUACUGUUGCACAUGGAAUGUCGGUGGUGAGACACCACCACGACAGGACCUCUCGAAGCUUCUGGGUGUGGAUUGCGAACCGCAUCCUGAUGUAAUCUUUCUUGGUUUGCAAGAAGUCGUCAGAUCGGAUGAGUGGUACAACGCUUUAAAGAUAGUUAUGGCUCCUUUGAACUACGUUCUGAUCAAAUACAGAAACUGUUGGGCCAUUUGGAUCUACGCCUUCGUAAAACGGUAUCUCCUGCCGGCCAUAAAUAACAUUGAAUCCGAGAUGACGGCUUUCGGUUAUGCAGGAAUAAUGGGCAAUAAAGGGGCAUGUAGUGUACGUUUUGAGGUCUGCGGUGUUAACAUUGCGUGUGUGUCUGCCCACUUCACACCGCACCCCGAGAAGCUUGAGGAUCGCAUUAACGACUACCGCGAUGUCUUGAAAGAUCAAACCUUCCGUGACCCAGACGUGAAUCUUCUCAUGGAUCAUGAUUAUAUUUUCUGGAUGGGUGAUCUGAAUUUUCGAACGGAGGGUUUGGAAAAGGAUGCCGUCGAACACCUGAUCUUAUCGAAACGCAUCGACGUCUUAAUGGAAUACGACCAGUUAAGAAGAGCCAUGAAAAAUGAAUUGGCAUUUCUCGACUUCAAAGAAGGUGAGAUUACAUUCCCACCAACCUUCAAGUACGACAAGGGUACAAAGAACUAUGAUUCUAGUAAGAAGCAGAGAGUACCAUCGUACACGGAUAGGAUCCUCUACAUGGCUCACAAUGAUUUUGCAUUGGAGCACAACGUGCAGUUGGAUGAGAUGGGCCGCAGGAUGCCACAGGCAACAUGUAAGCGAGCGGUGCGCGGCGGCCCUUCCGCCUCCUCAUCCGUCUCUGCAUCCGCCGAUACCGCUACCAAAGAGCGCCGCGGGGAGAACGCGACACCGAAGCUUCACCUCCUCGCCUACGACCAUUUACCCAACUACAUCUGUUCCGACCACCGCCCAGUUUUCGCCCGUUUCCACGCUUGCGUACCCUCUGUAUGGUUCCAGCUUCCUGUCCGCUUCAUCCAACCCGUUUCUCUCACACAUUCGGUUGACAAGGACCUCAGAUUCCUCUACGUGGCAAUGGACCCGCCUCCACUUACGACGGAGGGCCUACUGGGCGAUCGAUCGCGCUCACGGAAGAUUCAGUACCACAUCCCCAUCCGCUUCAGCUCUAGCGAAGUCUACUCACGAUGCCCCUCCAAUGAAUCGCAACAGUUAUUGGUCACCGCUGAGGCACCGACACGUGUGGCGAUGGCGAUGAAGGAGAAACAGAUUCCAAACAACCUCCUGGACGUGGCGCGGACACGUCUGAGCGUCUCCUGUGAGGGCCUUGAGCUGCACCCCCCUGCCACUCUGCGCGUGCGCAACUUGGACUGGAUUGCGGUGCUGCCCAUCGACUUCUACAAUCUCUGGAAGGAUGAUCUCGUCUCUGUAUUCAGCUCUAACUCUACCCUCUCUAGUUCGGGCUCGACUAUAGAUGAUCUGGUCGAGGGGGACAUGAAGCGCAGUGAAAAACUCGCCGUUGUGCGCAAUUGCAUACCCAUAUCCAGGUUCAACAAAACGUAUCCCCUGCUUAAGGCAAAGGUCGACGCCGGUGUCUUGCAGCGAUGUCGCUCUGGAGCCAUACAGCUUGUCUACUUUUCGAAGUCCAAAAAUUGUCCACAAGGCUACAGUGAAAUCAUCAAGACAAUAAUGCGCCAUCCGUUUCCCGCUCCCACUUGUAAUAACUCGGGUAGGACCCUGCGGACUAGCAGUACAUUUUUGGUCUCCAUCUCCGUCGGCCCCGUUUCCCACUGUGUUGGUGGGCUGUGCCACCCAAUUUCAACUGUUAUUUUCGUGUAUUUAAACUGA